CACCAUCUUGUGCAGUUAUACCGUCCCUUUCGACUGCCAGAAGGAUUGUAAACAGGGUCAGACUUGUUGCAUCCGGCGAUACAGAGAACGUCUUAGAUUCUCCGACAGUGUUGACUGUGAAUCUUGCUGAAAGCUUCGCCGAAGGUUCUAAUUCUCUCAGGACAACCUGCCAAGAUGACCAGUGUAUCCGAUCGUGUUAUACAUCUGCGCUCCCUGACUUCGAUCAGAGAGCGAUGUGCCCCCGUAUUCAAGCUGGCGCAAGAGGGCAAGACCGAGUAUUUCGACUACGAAGCCUCGAAAGAGAAGGAUGUGAUUGACUAUUGUGCUUCCAUCAUGGAGCGCGAUUUUGGCACCAACUUUGCUGCCAUCCCGCCGCACGGGCGCUGGAGACACUUUGACGUCGGUCCCUUGCCUCGCAUCACCACGCUAUUGUCCAAAUGGGGCACUCCUUCCGCGGGCAAUCUGGAACCUGUGCCGCCGAUGGAGGCCGCACGGAAGUUGGUUGAUCUCUUUGUCGUCUCCGUUCUGCUCGAUGCUGGCGCUGGCACCAAAUGGCAGUACGAGGAAAAGGCAACGGGACUUCGGAUCGGACGUAGCGAGGGUCUGGCGAUCGCAAGCUUGGACAUGUUCACCGAAGGUCUCUUUUGCGGGCUUGAAAGCCCAGCAGGCGAAGAUCCCGUCCUCCGUUGUCAAGUUGAUGCCAUCGGCCUCGCACGGCUAUCAACAGAAAAUUUAGCCAUGUCCAUGCAAGUCCAUCCGGAACAGAAUCCAAUGACUGGCUUGGACGGCCGUGCACAACUGCUCAUCCAACUUUCGAAAGCGCUCACCGAUGACUCCCAAGGCUAUUUCACUGGCGCACAACAAAAUGCUGCGCCACGGCCGGGGAACAUGGUCGACUGGCUGCUCACACAUCCUUCAACGGCCAAAGAUGCGGCAACAGGCGCUGUCACCGUGCAAGUUUCUGCAUUGUGGGAAGUGUUGAUCAUCGGCUUGGCCCCCAUCUGGCCUGCGACGCGGACAAAGUUGGAUGGUGUCAGCUUGGGCGAUGUUUGGCCCUGCGACUCCUUCAAAGCAGCACUUGGAGAUGAGGCAGGAGUAGAUGAUGAGAAAGCCCUCGUACCGUUCCACAAGCUCACGCAGUGGCUGUGUUACUCUAUCAUGGAGCCGAUCGAACAGACGCUCGGCUGGACCUUCGCCGGCGGAGAACACCAGACUGGACUGCCUGAAUACAGGAACGGCGGCUUACUGGUAGACCUAGGAGUGCUGAAGCCCAAAGCUGCGCUGUACAAAGCAUCCGAGCCCCCCACGGAAGCACCUGGCAUCCCAAGAUUGCUACCUUCACACCCUGCGGUCGUUGAAUGGCGCGCCCUGACGGUCAUCCUGCUUGAUCGCAUUGCUGAAGGGAUUCGACAGAAGUAUGGUCUUACGGCGCAGCAGCUCAACCUGAAGCAAGUGCUGGAGGCAGCGACUUGGAAAGGUGGCAGAGAAAUCGCCAAGCAAAAGCGACCAGAGACCGGCGGCCCGCCCAUCGACAUUAUAUCUGACGGCACCGUGUUUUAGGCAAGAUUACUUCACAUUGACGUUGCUCAGAAAUGGACAUUAUAGACCAAGUGUCUGCAAUCGUUUGAUUCCCUCUGUCUCCAAGCGCAUCUGUCUCCAUUCCUCCAUUCUGGUCGCCCCCAAGACCUUCUCGUAAAAGGCAAUGCUAGGGGCGUUCCAUGUGAGCACACUCCAGUCCAUCCGCUGGCAGUCUUUCUCCUCGGCGAUUUUGCCAAGCUGUCGGAAGAGAGCUUUGCCGGCACCGCGGUUGCGAACUGACUCGGUCACGAAGAGAUCUUCAAGGUACAGAGACGGCUUGCCAGUCCAUGUUG